AUGCCCAGCAUCUUCGCCUACCAGAGCUCCGAGGUGGACUGGUGUGAGAGUAACUUUCAGCACUCGGAGCUGGUGGCCGAGUUCUACAACACGUUCAGCAAUGUCACCUUUUUCAUCUUUGGGCCUCUCAUGAUGUUUCUCAUGCACCCCUACGCCCAGAAACGCUCCUGCUAUGUUUAUAUCACCUGCAUCCUCUUCAUGGUCGUAGGCCUGUUCUCCAUGUACUUCCACAUGACGCUUAGCUUCCUGGGCCAGCUGCUGGAUGAGAUCGCUAUCCUGUGGCUGCUGGCCAGUGGCUACAGCAUAUGGAUGCCCCGCUGCUACUUUCCCACUUUCCUAGGAGAGAACAGGCCCCAGUUCAUCUGCCUGGUCGUCAUCACCACUGUGGUCAGCACCUUCCUGUCCUUCCUGAGGCCCGUGAUCAACGCAUAUGCCCUCAACAGCAUUGCUGUGCACAUCCUCUACAUCGUGUUCCAGGAAUACAAGAAGACCAGCAAUAAGGAGCUUCGGCAUAUAAUGGAGGUCUCCGUAGUUUUAUGGGCUUUUGCACUGACCAGCUGGAUCAGUGACCGCUUGCUUUGCAGUUUCUGGCAGCAGAUCAAUUUCUUUUACCUGCACAGCAUCUGGCAUGUACUCAUCAGCAUCACCUUUCCUUAUGGCAUGGUUACCAUGGCCUUAGUGGAUGCCAGGUAUGAGAUGCCAGGUCAAACCCUCAUAGUCCGCUACUGGCCUCGGGACACUUGGCCUGUGGGGCUGCCCUACGUGGAAGUCCGUGACGACAAGAACUGCUGA